AUGAAAAGGGAUCGUUUUAGAGCCAUAUAUUCUUGCCUGCAUCUCCAUGAUAAUAGUAAUUAUGUACCACGAGGCCACGAAAACUGCGACGCAUUUUUCAAGCUCAGGCCGUACUUCGAUGACUUAUGCCGGCUAUGCGAAUCCUAUUGCCUGCCAAUUGAGAACCUGACUAUUGACGAGGAAACUUGUGGUUUCAGGGGUCGUGUGCAUUUUAGAGUUUUCAACCUUACAUCGUUGGAAGAAGAUGAAGGAGGUUCUGAUGAAGAAGAAGUUGGAGGGUCAGGCUCUGAGCCAGAGGUAGACGAGAUAACACAAAGUGAUCGCGAUAGUGCUAAUGAAAUAGAGCAACCGUCCGCACAACCAAGUGAAUCGUCAAACAACGAGGAAGACAUUUCUGCAGGGCAGUGUAACAAUUACUAUUUUACCAGACAUAAUGGCAGUCCCCACCAUCAGAUUUUCGUCGUGGAAGUGUUCUGUGGCGGCGGUUUUGUGUCGGUGCACGUGUGCGUUGAAGCGCGGCGCCAGGACGUUCUACCAACCAUGGACCUCGGGUUAGGUCUCGGCAUAACUGCAUCAGCAAAAAGGUUUGCUGGCACUGCUGAAAAAAUGACCAAAAAGACAGUGAAGUGCUUCAAAUGUAAGAAGAAAGGGCAUUAUGCCCGUGACGAUGAAGAUUCGUGGAUCAUAUGUCAUAUAUCAUACAGAUGUGACUACUUCGUGGACCUCAAGCUCCUGCUUGAGGUCCACGAAGUGCAGCAGUGUGAGGUUAGGCGAUAA